CUCGUUCGGAUGUGAUAUCUAAUUCCACAACGUUGGAUACGAAAUUCCUGUACCGCUUACACUUAAUAUUCACAUUCCAUACAUAUUUUCCCACACUGGUGGGCCGGAGCAAAUGCUCAGCUCAUCUUCACAGCUCGCGCUUCGCAUGAUAUACCAACGGACUCUGUUCAUCCAACAGUGCACAGGGCAGCGUUCGCAAACACUACUACCUCAAGUUUGUGAACUGGUUGAGAAGAAGUGGCACGCUCACUCGAGGAAGCGGGAAGUCAAGGCCAGCCUCAAAUUUCUCUUCCCGGCCUUUAUUGAAUCUCCCACUAAAACUGCUCCUCAAGAUCAAUGCUCCCCUCGCUCUCACAUGCUAGGUCAAUUUCUGAAGAACUGUGAUAACUUCAGUACAGAGAUGGGGAUCAUUUCACCUGUUAGAGAAUGAGAAAUGGCACUGCUAAUCUACCCAUCUCAAAUUUCUCCCAACUAAGCGGCCCUCUCAAUAGAGGUGUACUCUGGGAACGUGGGCAUUGUUAAUCUUUGUCUACGCCAAAAUAUGACUCUCUGGGAUAAAACAAAUUACGGAGAAGGUGAAGGCUGCUAAUAUGGUUGAUCCCACAUAUCGAUUUACAUGUCACGAAAUAAACAAGUGCGCUCAUCAAUGAAC